CGACGACUGACUUUUUGGACAAUUUGCCAUGAAAGCGCCAUCAUUUCACCAUUAAAGAUGGCCGCCGGACGAGGCUGGAUGAGCCGGCUGUGAAAAAGGAGGAAGAGAAUCCUAAAGUCAAAGUCGUUUGGAACAUCUUGUUGUAAAGACGCCGUUAUGUGAUGAAUGUCUGGAUAAAAAGUGGGUCAGCGAUGGAACCCGACAGGUCUAAGAAGAAGCCCGUGACUCUCCACCCAGCCCAUAAUUGAACAUCUUUGAUCCUGUGGAUUAAUAUUCUCCUCAAACCUGAAGAUUUAUCUUGCUUUUUUUCCCUCUCCAAAAUUCCAUGUAAAUUGGACUAUCAACCUAUCAUCCAACAUGGCUUCAGUUUGGACAUUUUGGACCCUGUUGGCAGCUUGGGGUCUUCUUGGAUGCCGGUGCCAGGCCUCAAGGACUAGUGGUCCAAGCAAAGGGGAGCAGGGGGCUUCUUCUGUGGAACGAGUCAAGAGGGGAUGGGUGUGGAACCAGUUUUUUGUGGUGGAGGAGUACACGGGCACGGAGCCGCUCUACGUCGGGAAGAUCCACACAGACUCAGACGAAGGCGAGGGAAACAUCAAGUACACCAUCUCAGGAGAAGGGGCCGGAACCAUCUUCAUCAUCGACGAGCUGACGGGAGACAUCCACGCCACCGAGAGGCUGGACCGCGAGGAGAAGGCCUUUUACACCCUGCGGGCGCAGGCCCGGGACCGCCUCAGCGACGACCCCCUGGAGCCCGAGUCGGAGUUUGUCAUCAAGGUCCAGGACAUCAACGACAGCGAGCCCAAGUUCCUGGAGGGUCCGUACAUUGGCAGCGUGGCUGAACUGUCCCCCAUAGGAACGUCCGUUCUGAAGAUUACUGCGUCAGACGCUGACGACCCGUCGUACGGCAGCAGUGCCAGAGUGGUCUACAGCGUCCCGGAAGAAGAGAAGUUCUUCACCGUGGACAGACACACUGCUGAGGCCAAGGACGCGGAGCCCAAUCCUGACCGAGGCCCGGCCGUGGGCGGUGCAGUUCCCCAUGUGGGUAAAACCGGGAGGCAGUAUGGCUACGGGAGUAAACCCCAAAUGAAAAAUCUGUGCUCCGGGGACACACACAUGGGCAGGUUUCCAGCAGAUCGGAUCUCUGGCAGUCCCCUGCAACUGCACUCACCUGAAGGUCGUCUCAAGUUUUUCUCGUGCCACUGGAAUAUGGUGGGUGUGGCCAAGAUUGUGGGGGAAGGAACUGCGCGCACCAUCCCUCACACAAAUACACUCUUUGCGCAGGCUUCAGCUUCUUCCGAAAAGUCCUCUGGCGACAGGAUAAAGCGACGGGGGCAGGUCAAGGAUGUGACUGGGAGCUCCUAG